UCAAAUGUCUAUGUUAUCGCUCAGUUGUGAAUUAUCUUUGACUGGAGCUGGUCUCCAGAAAAUAAGCGACAAAGAGAAGCAAUCUAGUCCAUUAUCUAUACUGAGGAGUUUUAAUAGUGAACUUUAAUUUUCACAAUGAAGCCUCUGUUCUUGUUGCUUGCUUUGAUGACUAUUAUUGCCACUGGAUAUUGUGCCAGUAUCGGAGUUCACGACGAUCAACCAGAAAACAAUUCAGAAUUGGAAGAUAAUGACGAAGAACAAACAAAGGAAAAAGAUGAAAAUCAAUCCGGAAUUGAUGAAGGAGAGAAUGGAGAUACGCAAAAGAGUGGUGAAGAGAAAGACAAUACUAAAGAAGAAGAUGACGAAAACCAAGAAAUACUUAAAUCUAGAAGUCACGAAGAUGAACAGGAUGACGAGAGUGACAAAAAUAAUGACAAUGGUAUACAGUCGGGAGAACUUUCACUCAUAGGCGACGAUGAAAACCAAAGUACAGAAGAUAUCCAGGUUGGUUCUACUAAUGACGAUAGAGAGGACGACAACACUACAGACAGUGAUGACGAAAACACAGAACUAAAAGAUGAAGCUGAUGAUGAAAACAAGAGCAAGGCAAACGACGAUGUCUAUGUUGGAGAAGCUGGAGACGAAAACAACAGCAAGGACGACAUCGAUCAUGAUUUUGCCAGUCUAGCUGUCAAAAUGUAUGACAGCACUGAGAGUGAUGAUGUUGUAACAGCAUCCGACAACAAAAAUAAUGGCAUUGAUGAAGGAUCUGAAGCCAAUGAAAGUCAGACUGAUGAAGAAAACAAUAGUAUAGUUUAUGUUAAUGGUGAUGACAGGUCAGCCGAUGACGAAUUUACAAACCAAUCAGAAGAAAAUAAGGUUGAUGAGAAAAAUGACAGUAAAACCAAUGAAGAAAACAAGAGCAAGGAAAACGACAAUACUGACGUUGCUAGUACAACUGACGACAACAGUGCCGACGGCGAUGAUGUUGAAAGAAAUUCUGAUGACGAACAAAACAGUAAAGCUGACGAUGAUAAUAACGUUGAUAGCAAAGCCAAUGAAGAAAAUAAUAGCAAAGCAGAUGGUGAUCAAGUAGAUGACAGUACAGCUGCCGAUGAAGAAAACAAAAGUUUUGGUGAUGAUACCAAUGACAGUCAACUUAUUGAUGAAACCAAUAGUAAGGAUGAGGAAGAUGUCAACAGCAAGGCUGAUGAUGUUAAUGACAGUAUAGGAGAUGAUGAAAAGAAGAGCAUUGAAGACGUUGACGAUAACAAUGUUAGUUCAGUUAACGAUGACUAUAGUAGCAAUGUUGACGGCAAUAACAAUGACAAGAGUCAAAUUGAUGACGACAGCAAAGAUACUGAUGAUAGUAAAACUAAUGAGGGAAAUGAUAGCAUACCUGACGAUGUUGACAUCGAUAAGAGUAAUGAUUUUGAUGAAAACAAAAGCAUUCUAGAGGCUGACAGUCAAGAUAAUGAUGAAGAAAACAAUAGCAAAAUUGAAAUUGAUGAUGAAACAAACAGCAUGGCUGACAGUCAAGCUAAUGAUGAAGACAACAAAAGUCAAAUUGAUGAAAUAAACAGUAUUGAUGACAGUGAAGCUAAUGAUGAAGAAAACGCGAGCAAAAUUGACGGUAAUGAUGAAACAAACAGCAUGGCUGACGGUCAAGCUGAUGAAGACAACAAAAGUAAAAUUGAUGAAAUAAACAGUGUGGAUGACAGUAAAGCUAAUGACGAAGAAAACGCGAGCAAAAUUGACGGUGAUGAAACAAACAGCUUGGCUGACAGUCAAGCUAAUGAUGAAGAAAGCAAUAGCAAAAUUGACACUGAUGAUAUCGAUAACAGUAAAUCACUCGAUCCAAAUAACAGCAAGGAGAACGCAGAAGAUACCGAUGAGAGCACAGAUAAUAGUGUUGAAAAUAACAGUAUGCCUGAGGUUGAUGAUGCGAGUGAGGUUAGUGACGAAAACAAAAGCAUCGCUGAUACUGAAGAAAAUGAUGAUAGCAAAGCUGACGAUGAAAACAAAAGUCCAACAGAAGGUGACGAUAUUAAUAACAGUAGAGCCGAUGAUGAAAACAAGAGCAAGGUAGAUGGCGAUGAAGUUGAUGACAGGGAUGACAAUAAAAGCGAAGCCAGCAGCAUUGAAAACAUAACUCCUGAUGGUGAUGAAAGUAAAAUGGAAGAAGAAAAUAUAAAUGAUGUCGACGAUAGUAAAGCUGAGAAUGAAGUUGACGAAAACAAAAGCAUUGCUGAUACCGAAGAUAAUAAUAGCAAAGCCGACAAUGAAAACAACGAUGACGAUAAUGAUGACAGUAAAGCUGAUGAUGAUAAUAAUAGCAAAGCUGACAGUGCUGAUAGCAAAACUGAUGACGAAAAUAAAAGCAACGUCAAGGACAUAAAUGACAGAGACGAAGAAGAUAAACGCAUAAAUGAUAACAGUGACAUCGACAAUAGUAAAGCAGAUGAAGAAAACAGUAGCAAGGUUGAUGAGGACGAAGCCAAAAACAGUAAAGUUGUCGACGAAAAUAAUAGCAAAGCGGAUGCCGAUAACAUGAGCAAGGUUGAUAGCAAAGAUAUUGAUGACGAAACCGCAAGCAUGGGUGACGAUGUAGAUGAUAGUAAAGCUGAUGACAAAAGUAGCGUGGCUGAUAAUUAUGAUAUCGACGACGGUAAAGAUGUUGAUGAAAGUAACAGCAGAGCUGAAGGUGAUGACAAUGAAGUUAAUGACGAGAACAGCAACACUGAUAAUUCCAAUGAAAAUAAAUCUGAAAGAACAGAAACCGACGAUGAAAAUGAUAGCACAGAUGAUACUGUUGAUAGUAAGAAUUAUAGUGAGAGUGACAGAAGUGAUCCCGCUGAUGAAAAUGAUGAUGCAGUUGAUGCCAUAAGUGAACGAAAAGAUGAAAUUGAUAAGGUUGAUUAUUCAGAUGAAAAAGAAGUCGACAAAAAAGGUAAAGAUCAUAAAAGUGAAGAGGACUACGAUUACGCAGUGGAAGUGAAAAAUGAUAAUUCAGUGCAGGUGAUAGAAGGGGAGGAUUAUGACGACUAUGACUACUGAUUCCUUCACCUGACACAUCUUUCCCCACAUUUCUGAAAAUCCAAAGAACUUGAGUCCCAAACUUGCUACCUUUGAAACACAAGAACGUGGAAGUGGAAAAUUGUGACUCGGGAGAUACUGUUUCAUAUGUGAUGUGCAGCUGCUGGCGGCGACACUGAUCUACUAAACAUAAGCCCCAAUACCCCUUCUUUUUCCGUUGAGACAAUCCUACCAAAUGCUCACUAUUCUUUUGUUUCUCGUCUUCAUUUUUAUUUGUGUUUAACUUAUAAUGCUGUGAUAUAUUUCAUUGUUAAUAUUCAUUAUUCAAUUCAGAGUAAAAUUCUUUAAAAGUA